AUGAGUCUCUCGAGACUUUCAGUUGGCCUGCAGAGCAAGCUUAUGGGAUACAGUAGAGUCUCCAGCGCACACCUCGCUUCCCUAAACAAUCUGGACCUCAUCCGCAACAUCGUAUUUUUACUCUUCAUUAUUCGCUAUACCCGCAAGACCUUCUACUCCCUCCGCGGCUACGGUAUCAUCGGAAGCGUUCGUAACAUUUACAGCGCCAUUCGUCUCUUCUGUUACUCCGUCUUCUUGCGCGCCCCCGGUGUUCGUGGACAAGUUGAUAAACAGGUCUCGACCGCUCUUGAGGGCCUCGAAAAUAAGCUUGUGCUAAGUGGUCCGGAUGUGAGUCGGUAUCUUGCCCUUCCAAAGGAAGGAUGGACUCCAGAGCAGAUCCGCGCCGAACUUACAAAACUGGCUGGCUUGAAACAUACCCGUUGGGAGGAUGGUCGAGUUAGUGGUGCAGUUUAUCAUGGAGGAGAGGAUCUUUUGAAGCUUCAGGCUGAGGCUUUUGGCCAAUUUGGUGUCGCUAAUCCUAUCCACCCGGAUGUUUUCCCUGGAGUUCGGAAAAUGGAGGCUGAGGUAGUCGCAAUGGUUUUGGGCCUGUUCAACUCCCCCAGCGACGGCGCUGGUGUCACUACCAGCGGCGGCACUGAAUCCAUUCUUAUGGCCUGUUUGGCCGCCCGACAAAAGGGAUUCCUGGAGCGAGGCAUAACCGAGCCAGAAAUGAUCAUCCCAGAUACUGCCCACGCAGCAUUCAUCAAGGCCUGCAACUACUUCAAGAUUAAGCUGCACCGUGUUCCUUGCCCUGAGCCCGAAUUUAAAGUUGACGUUCACACUGUGCGUCGUCUGAUCAAUCCAAACACUAUUCUGCUUGUAGGAUCGGCACCCAAUUUCCCUCACGGUAUCGUGGAUGAUAUCCCCGCGUUAUCGCGCCUUGCAACCAAGUAUAAGAUUCCCCUCCACGUGGAUUGCUGCUUAGGAUCCUUUGUGAUUGCACUUCUCAAGAAGGCCGGCUUCCCAUCUCCCUAUGAAGAAGAAGGUGGUUUCGAUUUCCGUCAACCUGGUGUUACUAGUAUUAGCGUGGACACUCACAAGUAUGGAUUCGCACCCAAGGGCAACUCUGUCCUGCUUUACCGCAACAAAGUAUACCGAAGCUAUCAGUACUUCAUCUACCCAGACUGGUCCGGUGGCGUGUACGCCUCACCCUCCGUGGCUGGUUCGCGUCCCGGUGCCUUGAUCGCCGGUUGCUGGGCUAGCUUAAUGAGCGUUGGCGAGGUCGGCUAUAUAAACAGCUGCACAGAGAUUAUUAAUGCUGCACGUAAAUUCGAGAGUGCUGUUCGAGAGCACCCAUUGAUCGCUCUUCACAUGGAGGUUGUGGGUAAGCCGAUAGUCAGUGUGGUGGCUUUCCGUAGCAAGAACGGUGCCAUUGAUACCUACGACAUUGCCGAUGACCUAUCCGCCAAGGGCUGGCAUCUCAAUGCUUUGCAGUCUCCACCAGCCCUGCACUGCGCCUUUACCAUUCCCACUGCCAAGGCCGUCGACCAGCUUAUCACGGACGUUGUUGCGGUUAUCGAGAAGGAGCUUGAGAAGGCUGAGGAGCGUCGCAAACAAGGAAAGGCAUACAUCUUGAAGCGUGGUGACACCUCCGCUCUCUACGGCAUCGCUGGUAGCAUCCCUGAUAAGAGCAUUGUCAGUCGCUUGGCCGAAGGCUUCCUUGACACUCUAUACAAAGCAUGA